AUGGCCGUGCCGGCGGCGCUGAUCCCCCCGGCCCAGCUGGCCCCGCAGCCCCCGGUCUCCACGUCCGCGUCCUCCUCCGGCACCUCCACGUCCACCUCCUCGGCGACCUCGUCCCCGGCGCCGGCCGGCGGGCCCCCGGCGUCCGCGGCGCCAACUCUGUUCCGGGCAGAGCCCGGCGCCUCGGCGGCCGCGGCGGCCGCGGUUCCCUCCACGGGCGGCGGCGGCGGCAGCAGCGGCGGCGGCGGCAACCCCAGCCUGGCGGCCGCGGGCGGCAGCGGCGGCGGCGGCAGCAGCGGCGGCGGCGGCAGCAUCAGCGCUGGCGGCGGCGCCUCCAGCACCCCCAGCAACGCGAGCGCCGGCAGCGGCGGCGGCAGCAGCAGCAGCAGCAGCAGCAGCAGCAGCAGCAGCAGCAGCAGCAGUAGCAGCAGCAGCAGCAGCAGCAGCAGCUGCGGCCCCCUCCCCGGGAAACCCGUGUACUCGACCCCGUCCCCAGUGGAAAACACCCCCCAGAAUAAUGAGUGCAAAAUGGUGGAUCUGAGGGGGGCGAAAGUGGCUUCCUUCACGGUGGAGGGCUGCGAGCUGAUCUGCCUGCCCCAGGCUUUCGACCUGUUCCUGAAGCACUUGGUGGGGGGCUUGCACACGGUCUACACCAAGCUGAAGCGGCUGGAGAUCACGCCGGUGGUGUGCAAUGUGGAGCAGGUUCGCAUCCUGAGGGGACUGGGCGCCAUCCAGCCCGGGGUGAACCGCUGCAAACUCAUCUCCAGGAAGGACUUCGAGACCCUCUACAAUGACUGCACCAACGCCAGUUCUAGACCUGGAAGGCCUCCGAAGAGGACUCAAAGUGUCACCUCCCCAGAGAAUUCUCAUAUCAUGCCACAUUCUGUCCCUGGCCUCAUGUCUCCUGGGAUAAUCCCACCAACAGGUCUGACAGCAGCAGCUGCAGCAGCUGCCGCUGCUACCAAUGCAGCUAUCGCCGAAGCAAUGAAGGUGAAAAAAAUCAAAUUAGAAGCUAUGAGCAACUAUCAUGCCAGUAAUAACCAACAUGGAGCAGAUUCUGAAAAUGGGGACAUGAAUUCAAGUGUUGGAAGCAGUGAUGGUUCUUGGGAUAAAGAAAAACUGUACUCUUACCCACCCCAGGGAUCUCAGGCUUCUGUUACCCACCCCCGCAUGCCUGGAGCGCAUAACCUUCCACUUAGUCAUCCUCUCCACCAUCUUCAGCAGAGUCACCUUCUGCCAAAUGGACUGGAACUUCCUUUUAUGAUGAUGCCCCACCCUCUAAUUCCUGUCAGCCUACCUCCAGCAUCUGUCACCAUGGCAAUGAGCCAGAUGAACCAUCUCAGCACCAUUGCAAAUAUGGCAGCAGCAGCACAAGUUCAGAGUCCCCCUUCCAGAGUUGAGACAUCUGUUAUUAAGGAGCGUGUCCCAGACAGCCCGUCACCUGCCCCCUCUCUGGAGGAGGGACGAAGGCCUGGCAGUCACCCCUCAUCACACCGCAGCAGCAGCGUGUCCAGCUCCCCAGCACGGACUGAGAGCUCUUCUGACAGAAUCCCUGUCCAUCAGAAUGGGUUGUCCAUGAACCAGAUGCUGAUGGGCUUGUCACCAAAUGUACUCCCUGGACCCAAAGAAGGAGAUUUGGCUGGUCAUGACAUGGGACAUGAGUCAAAAAGGAUGCAUAUUGAAAAAGAUGAGACCCCGCUUUCCACACCAACAGCAAGAGACAGCCUUGACAAACUUUCUCUAGCUGGCCAUGGACAACCACUACCUCCAGGUUUCCCAUCUCCUUUUCUCUUUCCUGAUGGAUUGUCUUCCAUAGAGACCCUUCUGACCAACAUACAGGGACUCUUGAAAGUUGCCAUAGAUAAUGCCAGAGCUCAAGAAAAACAGGUCCAACUGGAAAAAACAGAGCUGAAGAUGGAUUUUUUAAGGGAAAGAGAACUAAGGGAAACACUUGAGAAGCAGUUGGCUAUGGAACAAAAGAACAGAGCCAUAGUUCAAAAGAGGCUAAAGAAAGAGAAGAAGGCAAAGAGAAAAUUGCAGGAAGCCCUUGAAUUUGAGACGAAACGGCGUGAGCAAGCAGAACAAACACUAAAACAGGCAGCUUCAACAGAUAGUCUAAGGGUCUUAAAUGACUCUCUGACCCCAGAGAUAGAAGCUGACCGCAGUGGCAGCAGAACAGAUGCUGAAAGGACAAUACAAGAUGGGAGACUGUAUUUGAAAACUACUGUCAUGUACUGAAUCUUUCCUGUUGAAGAAAUCCUCGUUAUCUUUAAGAACUUUACAGUCAGAUAUACAUCAUUGCAAAGUUCAGAAAAAAAAUAAAGUCCUUUUAAGGGAACUCUAUCAAUUUUGUGUUUUAAUGUUCUUUAAAAGUUUAAGUAUUCUACAAAAAAAAAAAAAGUGUCCUCCAUUGAUUUUCACCUGUGGUUCAUGCCAGAGACCUGAGAAUGUUUGUAAAUGUACAAAUAUCAAACUUCUUUCAGAUAAUGACUGCAACUUUGCUGCUGGACACUUGUAUACAGAGUUAAAGGCAGGUCUGAAUAAGACCAAUUUUGUUUUUUAAUGGAAUGAACCAUUUUCCUCUUCUGACAAUUCUGUAUUUGAGCACAUCAAGAGACUCUUGUAGCAGUGGUUACCCAGACUUACAGAAUGAUGUCCUCCCAAACCAGCAAGAAACACCUGGAAAUGAACUUGUAGGGGACGUAGAGGAUUCCUGAAAACCCAGAAAAUAAAGAGUAAUAUUCUGUUACAUUCACUUUUAAACUCUCUACUUGUGGGUUUUCUUCUGAAGAUUUUUUUCCACAUACUUUCCAAAAGACCAACAAGUGGAUGUUGACACCCAUCCAAUGAAAUAAUAUUUUGCAUAUCAGAAAAGAAGCAUUGACUAUAAUCCAAAAGCUUUCAUGAUGUUCUUUUUU